CACAAGUUGGAGGAAACAUGGCGACGUCUAAUUUGUUAAAGAAUAAAGGCUCCUUGCAGUUUGAGGACAAGUGGGACCUGAUGAGGCCCAUCGUUCUCAAGCUGCUGAGACAGGAGGCUGUCACCAAGCAGCAGUGGUUUGACCUCUUCUCAGACGUCCAUGCUGUGUGUCUGUGGGAUGACAAGGGCCCAGCUAAGAUCCACCAGGCCCUCAAAGAAGACAUCCUAGACUUCAUCAAACAAGCUCAGAAUCGUGUGUUGAGUCACCAGGAUGACACAGCGUUACUGAAGGCCUACAUUGUGGAGUGGCGAAAGUUCUUCACACAGUGUGACAUCCUGCCCAAACCGUUCUGUCAGCUGGAGAUCACACUGAUGGGGAAGCAGGGCAGCAACAAGAAGUCUAACGUUGAGGACAGCAUCGUACGCAAGUUGAUGUUGGACACAUGGAACGAGUCGAUCUUCUCCAACAUAAAAAGCCGUCUUCAGGACAGUGCUAUGAAGCUGGUUCACGCUGAGAGGCUGGGAGAGGCUUUUGACUCCCAGCUGGUUAUAGGAGUACGAGAAUCAUACGUCAACCUGUGCUCUAACCCUGAAGACAAGCUCCAGAUCUACAGAGAUAACUUUGAGAAGGCCUACCUGGACUCAACUGAGAGGUUUUACAGAACACAGGCCCCAUCAUACCUACAGCAGAAUGGAGUCCAGAACUACAUGAAAUAUGCAGACACAAAGCUAAGGGAAGAGGAGAAGAGGGCAGUUCGAUACCUCGAGACUCGUCGUGAAUGUAACUCUGUCCAAGCACUGAUGGAAUGUUGUGUGAACGCUCUGGUGACGUCGUUUAAAGAAACCAUCCUGGCCGAAUGUCCCGGCAUGAUCAAACGCAACGAGACAGACAAGCUCCACCUGAUGUUUUCCCUGAUGGAUAAGGUUCCUAGUGGGAUAGAGCCCAUGCUGAAAGAUCUGGAGGAUCACAUCAUGAACGCUGGGCUGGCUGAUAUGGUGGCUGCUGCAGAGACUAUCACUUCUGACUCUGAGAAGUACGUGGAGCAGCUGCUGAUGUUGUUUAACCGUUUCAGUAAACUGGUGAAGGAGGCUUUUCAGGACGACCCUCGAUUCCUCACUGCCAGAGACAAGGCCUACAAAGCUGUAGUGAACGAUGCCACCAUCUUUAAACUGGAGCUGCCCCUCAAACAGAAAGGGGUAGGUCUGAAAACCCAGCCAGAGUCGAAGUGUCCAGAGCUGCUAGCUAACUACUGUGACAUGCUGCUGAGGAAAACCACCCUGAGCAAGAAACUCACCUCAGAGGAGAUAGAACUCAAACUCAAAGAAGUGUUGCUGGUAUUGAAGUAUGUUCAGAAUAAGGACGUGUUUAUGAGGUACCAUAAAGCCCACCUGACCAGAAGACUGAUCCUGGACAUCUCAGCCGACAGCGAGAUAGAAGAGAACAUGGUGGAGUGGCUUAGGGAGGUGGGGAUGCCUGCAGACUAUGUGAAUAAGCUGGCCAGGAUGUUCCAGGACAUUAAAGUAUCGGACGAUCUCAACCAGGUCUUCAAGGAGAUGCACAAACACAACAAGCUGGCUCUACCAGCUGACAGUGUGAAUAUAAAGAUCCUGAAUGCGGGGGCGUGGUCGAGGAGCAGUGAGAAGGUGUUUGUGUCUCUGCCUACUGAGCUGGAGGAUCUGAUCCCAGAGGUAGAAGACUUCUACAAGAGGAACCACAGCGGGAGGAAACUACACUGGCACCACCUCAUGUCCAAUGGCAUCAUCACCUUCAAGAAUGAAAUGGGUCAUUAUGACCUUGAGGUCACGACCUUUCAGCUGGCUGUCCUAUUCGCCUGGAACCAGCGGCCGCGGGAGCGAAUCAGCUUUGAGAACCUUAAAUUGGCUACCGAGCUGCCUGAUGCUGAGCUACGACGCACACUCUGGUCUCUGGUAGCGUUCCCUAAGCUGAAGAGACAGGUUUUAUCCUAUGAGCCUUCAGUCUCCUCCCCUAAAGACUUCACUGACAGCACCCUGUUCUACGUCAACCAGGACUUUUCUCUCAUUAAAAACUCCAAGGUCCAGAAAAGAGGCAAGAUUAAUCUGAUUGGUCGAUUGCAGCUGACCACGGAGCGAAUGAGAGAGGAGGAGAACGAGGGCAUUGUCCAGCUGAGAAUAUUAAGAACCCAGGAGGCCAUCAUCCAGAUUAUGAAGAUGAGGAAGAGGAUCAGUAACGCCCAGCUACAGACAGAACUGGUAGAGAUCCUUAAGAACAUGUUCCUGCCCCAGAAGAAGAUGAUCAAGGAACAGAUCGAGUGGCUCAUCGAACACAAAUACAUCAAACGGGACGAGACUGACAUCAACACCUUUAUCUACAUGGCAUAGAACCCACUUACUUGGACUGGAACCACCUACUUACCUACCUACCUACCUACUGCUUGACCUGGCUGGAUCCUCACUGCUGCAGGAGGAAGAGGACACACAGGAAGAGGAGGGAGGGAGCAGUGGUUGUUUCAGAAGAAGAAGGGGAAGGAGGAUGUCUCUCUGCGGCCGGAGGGGGGAGGGGAGGGGCAGGCCAGUUAGUUGUAUGAGAUAGAUGGUGUAGUCUUCAUUCUGUGGCGCCACCUGGGGGCCAGGAGGAGGAGGACAGUGGGGCUGACUGACAGUCUCAGUAUCACAGUAGUGACAUUAUGAAAUAAACAAACUCUCCCUGCCUUACCCUCCUUACGCAGUCCGCACAGAGACAGACAGACAGGAGGACUAAUGGACUAGUAGUCUAUAUCAUUAUGGAGUGGACAUUGAGAGGAGUGUAUUUUGCCAAAUGUACUGUGUGUGUGUCUGCACCUUGACAGCUUGCUGCUCUGUGGAAGUCUUGCAAUCAUCUGAGGUCCCGUCACACGUGUGUGUGUGUCACUUUUUCCACCAGCUCCACCACCCCAACUGCCACAUCCCUCAGAGAGGUUCAUGGCUCCUCACGUAUCAGCCAGUCGCAGGGUGAGAACAAACGAGACCAUCACUUUUCUCUGUUUCCUACCUUGUAGGUCAGUGUGUCUGAAUGGUUUUAUAUAUCACUUUCAUUCUCCUUCUCAAUGCUCAUCUUUAUUUUUGUGUGUAUGUUGUGUGUAUCGUUUGUAAAUGCUGCACAGCGUCGUCCAAUCGAUCGAAGUCACAAAGCUCUCUAGCGAUCUUUGAUUCUCCUGUACCUCCUCUCUUCUUUCUCCCCCACCCAUAGCCAGUGCAGGACAUGACAGGUGUAUUGUUGUCAGACCAUGAGCGGGUGUCAUAACUGUUCAUGACCCAGGUUUCUUCCCAAAUGCCACCAUAUUCCCUAGGUACUGUAUUAGGGUGGCAGGUAGCCUAGUGGUUAGUGCGCUGGGCCAGCCGAAAGGUUGCUGGAUCGAAUCCCCGAGCUGACAAGGUAAAAAUCUGUCGUUCUGC